UUUGUGAGCCAGUUUGUGUAUGUAAAGCGCAGAAGACACUUCGCCGUACGGUUCUGCUCUCUCUACUCAGGAUGUGGAUUCGUCUAUUAAAUCGUGAUGAUGGUGAAUGAAUGGCAGUGACGCUGAACAGGAGACUCUUUGCCUUGGACUUUUUGGACUUUUAAAACACGGACACAGGCUAUGGAGGCUCGCCAGUAACCUGCAGAACCUGAGUGGCGAAGAUGCAGCACACCUCUUGUACAGAGGACCGGAUCCAGCAUGCUCUGGACAGGUGUCUGGACGGACUGAGGCAAAGUCCCACAGCAGUGCACCACUGGAACGUGCUGAUGUGCUCAGUGGGACAGUCAAUGAAUCGCUGGAGCCUGGAGGAGCUGGUGAAGAGAGAUCCUGACAACUUCAUCAUCCUUUUACAGCAGAUCAUCAGGAAGACCAGAGAGGUUCAGGAGCAGUGUCAGUAUGAGCUGGUGGCUCCUCUUGCUAUCAUGUUCUCCUCCACGCUGUUGCAGACACCGUACUGUCCUGCUCACACAGACCUGCUGGAGGACGCUAUGGAGGUGUUUUGCCGUUUCCUCACAUGGCCCGAACCUUACUGCAGUGUGUGUAGAAAGCUCCUCUCCACACUACAGCUGGAAUUGAAGGCCCCUGGAAUUUCCUUUCAGAGACUAGUGAGGGAAGAGCAGGGCUUGAACACAUCCAGCCAGUGCUCAAAAACCAUGACUGUGCUGCUGAUGAACCCCAGUGAAGUUCCUGCUGACUUUGUCUCGGUGGCUGAGCAGCUCGGCUGCGUUCAGCACUCGCAGAGAGAAACCUACAUCACUUUGAUUAAACACGCCUUCCAGUCCACACUUGGCACCAAGUACCCUCUGCACAGCAUCCACAGAGCUCUGCAGGCAAAAACUGUGAAUAAAUUGGAGGAGAUCUACUCUUUGGUAAGUGAUGUCUUGGAGACAGCUGCUGCCAUGAGUGACCCACUGAAGGGGCGCAGUCAUGUCAUCCAUGAACUGGAGAAACUGAGGGAGAUGAUGAAGAUCCCUGCUUCCAAUGGAAGGAAAUCUGAUGGAAUGUUGCAGACGCUACCGCUGCCCACAGCCAAAUGUUACAUGUUUAACUGGGAAAAAGAUAACUUUGAUGUUCUGAACACCCUUUUGGAGCAUGACACUGACUACCUGUCGACUAAUGGGCAGGAAGAAGAAGCUGAUGUUGAUGAUGACAGGUAUGUGACAGAAAGUGAAGUGGAAGAAGACAAAGAGGAGGAGGAAGACCAUGGUGUUGAAUCUUCUACAAUAUCCAUCAUCUCUAGUGACUACCAUACCAGCCAUCGUGCCUCUACAUUCUCCACCAUCUCCUGCACAUCCAAAGACUCCAUGUUCUCCACCUUGUCUGUAGCCUCAGGAUCCUAUGCUCCCUCGCUUCUGUCUAUCACUUCUGGAGCUGAUAGUGACUACUUUGAAGAUUCUGAUGAAUACAUUUGCUCCUCUCCCGUUGCCGAAAAGUGUUCGCCAAAGUCAUCAAAAAGUUCAGCUCGACUCAGCCAACACUUCUACCGGCUCUUCAUCAAACCCAAGAGCCCACUUUCGCGGGCCAAAAGUUUAGGAAACACUGAAUCUAAAGACCUUUUUGUGGUGCGAGAAAAGCGUUCCAACUCCCUACCCCAGCAGGUCAAAUUACGUAGUCCCGAACCCCUACUUCAGCCACAAAGUCAAACCCUCAAACAUGUCUGCUUCCGAAGGAGGCCUAUUCUUAGCAGCGAUGAAGACAUUAAGAAUAUCACGUUGAGGGUGGUGGUAUUUGGUGCUGAUCAUGUAGCCGGAAAAGUAGCCCGAGCCUAUAAUGACCUCCGGAGGAAAGAGACUGCAUGCCCACUUCUCAGCAGAGCCUUCAACCUUCAGUUCUACUACGUGCCAAUGAAGAAAGACUCUGCAGGGAUAGGAAGUCGGAGAGCUUCUGGUCCUUUUAUUCAAACUGGAGCUUCAAAGGGAGCACCCCAGUCUAAUGAUCUUAACCACAUGGGCACAGGGGACAGUACUAAUGACAUUGCCCAUCUCCUUGGCAUGCUGGACCCUUGGUACGAAAGAAACACCCUCAGCUUGCUUAACUUGCCAGCCAACAUCGUCUGCCAGCAAACCUCAAAAACAGAAUCCGAGUCCUAUGAUAGUUCCUAUGAACAGCGUCUCCCCAUCCUGGCCGACUUGAUCCUGUACUACUGCCGCUAUGCUGCCCGGCCGACUCUAAUCCAGCUCUAUCAGGCCGAGUUGACGUUAGCUUGUGGAGAAAGGAGGACUGAGGUUUUUGUCCACUCCCUGGAGUUGGGUCACACCGCAGGAACGCGAGCCAUCAAGGCCAUGGGUGCUGCCAGUAAACGUUUUGGUAUUGAUGGUGACCGAGAAGCAGUCCCUCUAACUUUGGAGGUUCUGUAUAACAGGGUGGUAAUUAGUGGCAGAAGCCAGUGGAAAAGAGAAACCAAAGUCUGUACUUCAGUGAACUUAAUCAAAGCAUGCAAGAAUCCUGAGGAACUAGACUCAAAGAUGGAGUGCCUGCAGCUGACGAUGACUGAGGUCCUGAAGAGACAGAAUUGUAAAAGCAAGAAAGGAUACAACCAGCAGCUGACUGUGACUGAGGUGAAGGUGGACAAGGUGCAGGUCAGCGGUGUUGAAAACACGACAUUUGCUGUGUGCCUGGACCAGGAUGAGAAGAAGAUACUCCAGACUGUUACCAGGUGUGAAAUAUCAGUGUGCUACAAACCUGACAGCUCCACCGACUGGAGGUUAAGAAAAUUCCAGACCUCUGCACAAAUCCAGCCGCUCCACCCGACGUUCUGCUCCCUCCUCUGCCUGCCCAUAGUCACUUUUAGUGGGGCUCUUCCCUGAGACUGGUGACCACUGAUCUGGAUGGACUGAAUGGGAAAGAUGCUCUGCAUUGUUCAUAUUCUGUGAAACUAGAAACCGACUACAUGGGCACAGGAUAUUUUAAUGUUUUUGCUCAUCUUGUCAAGCACAGGACAGGGAUGCAACAUUUGGAAACAUGUGAAUAAGGAUAGCUACUAAGUAGUAACAAAACUGCUGAUUUUUUUUUUUUUUUAAUAUAGUCACACAUUCAAAGUACUCAGGUGACCAAGAAGACAGUUCUUGUGUUUGUGUGUGUGUGUGUGUGUGUGUGUCUUUUGUUUUUUCUCUUUGUACAAAGUAGUCAUUCUGUAUAAUUAGGGAACACUUUGAGUUUCAUUCAUCAAGUUUCAAUUCCUCUUUCUGCACUGACAUAAAAUCAUGACUCCACCCACAGUGACAUUAAAAUAUACUUUGGGUAAACAGGAUGAAUCUACAGGUUCUCAGCUGAAACGGCAUACAAACUAGCGAGCACCGUUCACUGUGUAUGCCGGGCUCCCAGCAAGAGGUUGGAUGUUGAGAUUCUGCUAUCUUGGAGUCAAAAUCUACCAGCUUUUUUUCUGGAGAAAUCCAUGUGACGGGGUCUAUUAGGGGUUAUCAGAUUAAGUGACAAUAUCUGAGAAUGCACACUAGUAACAGAACAUGUAAAUAUUCUGCUUGUAAAUAUUCUGUUGUGUACUAUAACUUGAAUAUCACAUCAUCACUUUUAUGCCUGUUAUACACAGUUUUAACUUUUCUCCUAAGGAGUUCUACUGUACUGUUUUAACUGAAUUAAUAAUUAUAUCCAGCAGGGGGCUCUAGUGACUUUUAAAAAUUGACUUCACUUGACGUCUUGACGUACUUUGAAUAAAGCGUCUUUGUAAUUAUUGUAAUAUAUUUUAUGGGCGAAUUACUGAGUUUAUUUUGAAGCAAGGCCACCAAUAGAAAAAAAAUGGUGUUUAAAAUAGAUUUGGAUGUACAACUUCCUGCAUAAAACGGAACUGAUUCAUUGCAUUUUCCACACCGUAAACUAUGCAGUUAAAACGCUUUUGUUUGUUAAUGUAAUGAUAUUCUCACGACUUGACUGACACUGAAAUCGAAGCACUGCAGAUUAGGAUAAUUAAAUGACACGACAAUUCAAUGAACAGAAGGUUAAAUUAGGUACUUUUUAAUGUCAGAUAAAUGCAUAACACCAAUGCCCUCCAGUUUUAUGUCUCCUCUAAUGAGAAUGUUGCAAAUGUGAUAUUUGAUCUGUAAAUUGCGGUAAUAUGCGGGUAUCAUCGCGUCUCAAAUUCAGAAUUCAUUAAAAGCAUAUGUCUGCAAAUAAUGUCGACUGAAUUUAUAGGCUACGUGUACAACAUGAAUGAACACAACGUUGGCUUGUUACUGUAAAUGUUUCUUUUUGUACUUUAUAAUUCUUCAUGAUAUAUCUGAGGUAAAAUGAUUAACCUCUGACAUGCAGUGACACCCGUGUCGACAUCAUCAUACAACAGUCAUCUGACAGUUCAUUUGAAAGUGAAGGUAUAAAUUCACAUCAUACAAAUGCAAGUGGGCCAAUAUUAAAGAGUUUAAACUUGCUGUGAG